AUGUCCUUCCAGAACCCGACCGUGAUCCCUGCCACCAGCUCCGCCGAGGACCCAUACUUCUUCUGCCAGGGAGUCUGCACCACCGGCAAGCCCUGCAGAAACGAAAUCAGCCGGAAGAGGUGGGUGCGCCAGAAGGUGCGCUACUGCUUCUACCACGAGGAGCAGGCCGCCGAGGGCAACAACGACAACGACGACGACAGCAGCAGCAGCAGUGCGGCGGUUGUUCCCUGCACGCACUGCCGCCCCAGCUUCGAGGCCCUCUCGGCCGAUCUCGCCGACGCCAACGCCGCCAACCAAUCGCUCGCCAACGAAACCGACGCCGUCAGCGCUCAGCGCCACGAGCUAGAACAGGAGCUGGCGGCGACGAACGAGCAGUGCGACCAGCUGGUCAAAGAGCUCGGGCAGGCCCGGGAGGACGGCCAGGGGCUGCGGACGCUGGUGCUGGAGGUGUGCCGCGCGAACGGGGACAUGGCCGCGCUGAACCAGCGGCAGAAGAAGAGGCACGGGCUGGACGAGCGGAGGCACCGGGCGCAGCAUGCCGCGGCGGAGGAGAGGCUGAAGGAGGAACAUGCUGAGGCUGAGAAGAAGCUCAGGGACCAGCAUGCCGGCGAGCUCAGCGCGCUCCGCGCAGAGAACGCGAUGCGCUGCGACGCGUGCGAGCAGCUAGCACAGACGAACGCUCGUCUGGUUCUCGACCUCACCACCGCCGCAAGCACCGCGACCCAGCUACGCGAGGAUGCCGUCGCAUCUAAGCUCGAAGUGGAAGCCAGCAGCGGCAGGGCCGACAGGCUGGCAGACGAAGUCGGCCGCGUCCGCGCCGAGAAGGAGCGGCUCGCUUUCCGGCUCGCGCUGGCCAACUGCCGGAUGCUGACCGUCACUACCGCCACCAGCGACCUCCUCCACGACAACCCUCUUGGUAGUGGCGACGCCAACGACGUCCUCGCCGCGACGACUAGCCUGGUCGACGCCGCUAUCCCCCAGGCCGAGGCGCAGGACGAUGACGACGCCAACCACCGCGCCGCCGGCGCCGCCGAAUUAACCCUGACGGCAGAUCAGCCCGAGGCGUCGCGAGACGCCGCUGCUGAUCUGCAUCAGGCCGAGUCGAUGACUUCGAAGCUUCCCAGCGUCGCCUCCGCCGCCGAUGACGACAGCAACGACGACGAUGGCGGUGACCAUGAUGAUGGUGAUGCGGGGACUGCCGACUUUGCUGCCGAUGACGCUGGUGUUGCCGCCAAAAUGGUUCUCCAUAGCUCCAUCUCGGGUGCCGCCCUCGUGUUUGCCGGCGUGUUGGGCCUGAGCUGGGCUUUGGGGGGGUGGUGA